GACCGCAUAAUGGGCUUGCCGUGGAUUUCAGCUUGCACGGAUAUAUGUUGACCGAUGGGAAGACCCAGGACAUCGUCAGGACUGGAAAAUUUUGGACAUGGGACGCGAGUCCGAGUUUUGAGAAGAUCCCCAAGCGCGAUGAAGGACGUUUUGCAAGCUACCGAGAUCUCCAGACGUGUCACCUGGGAAGAGAUUGA